UUCAAAUAUCCUACAUUUAUCUAGAGGCAUGCUUUAGAAUACUUAUAGCCUGUCUAUAACUAUAGUAAAUAUAGGGCCUAAUAACUUAAUAGGCUUGCUAGAGUCUUAUAAUUAUAAUGAAUUUAAAAAGUGCUAUCAUCUACAUUUAGGCCUAGACUUAGUUCAGAUAAUGCUAAUAUUUUUAUUUUUGUAGGCCAUAUAGUUUAAUGUUUAUUUAGCACAGUCGUUAUCUUAUUUAAACAUAGAUUCGAGGGCAAUUUUCAAUUGACAACAUGCCCUUGUUCUAGGUCUAGCAGUAGUCUAGUAGUGACAGCAAAAUAGUGAAAAAAAAAAGUUAUAUAUUAAAUUUCGAUACCUGUUUAUAAUUAUAGUAAAAAUAGCCAUCUCAAUGCUCUCUUAAAUUCAAUAAAUAAUUAAUAUAAAACUAUUUUUGUGCUGUUUCACAUAAAUCACAAAUAAAUAGUUUAAGAUAAAUUAUUUAAAAAUAUACAUAUUCGAAAAAGCAUGUGCUGGUGUAAAGUGUUGAAUGUAUCUAUUGAAAUUUAAAAACCGUAUUCGAUUACUUUGAACCAGGUGCACGAGUCAAUGACAGAUACUUUUGUACUAGCCUAUGAAUUUGUCAUUUCGUUGGAAUCGUAGCGGUGUGAAAUUGUGUGUAGUUCAAAAUGUUGACGCUAUGAAAACACAAUAAUCAGUUUCAAAAUCAUUCAUCUAGACUCUCUAUAAUCAGUAUUUGAUUUAUUAUAGAGAUCGGAUUAAAUCCAAAUUGGAUCUAGACUAUACUAGACAUAGAUCUAGAAUCUAGACUUUAUUAGUUCUAGAAUUUAAAAUAGAUUUUUAACGAAACAAAUUAUUCUCUAAUAUCCGGCUUCGCAGCCGAGUGUCAGGCGAGUCGGGUGACAGAAUAAGACCUUUAUCUAUAGUAAGGGUAGAUCUAUACAGAUCUAGACUAGACCUUAAUAUAUAUAUGGUUUGGGUAAUUAGCACUUCCUUGUCAACAUUGGUUCAAGAUGAUUGAAUCAUUUAGGCUGUUGGCGAAAAAGUUAGGAGAUCCUGAACUAACAGCUUCAUUUCAGAGAAAGUGUGGAGUUAAACAUUUAACGGACUUCAACGAUGGAAAUAGCGUCAAUGGAAACAACGUUGCUAGCGCGAGUGCCGGUGUGGGAAAUAACACACAUCUUGACUCACCCGUACCAUUUAAUCAAGUUAAUGGAAAAAUUAAAAGUUCCGAACAUGGAAUAAAUGGAGUGCUUACACCAAUUGCCUCAAAUCACUCAAAUGGAUAUUUGAAAGAAAGAAAACAGAUCAAUCACAAUGGCUACCUCAAAAAUGGGACUAACGGAGUAAAGCUAGAUGAAGGCGAGUAUAAGUCUAGCUGCAAUGGUGAUGUUGGACGUAUGCUAAAUGGAAAUGGUUUCAUUCAGAAAAAUGGUGUAAAGAGCUUAAAGGACCACUCUAUAGACAAUGUCAUUAUUCACUGGCUUUUUUUAUUUGGUGCAAGCUUAGGAAAUGAACUAUUCUAUAUAUUGUUUUUCUCCUUUUCACUUUGGAACUUAGAUAGUGUUGUAAUUAGAAGAACUAUUAUUGUAUGGGGUGUCAUCAUGUAUGUUGGACAAGCAGCAAAGGAUAUUAUCAUGUGGCCACGACCGAAAUCACCACCUGUCAUCCCCCUUGAAAAACGCUAUGAAUUAGAAUAUGGUAUGCCUUCAACACAUGCCAUGGUAGGAGUUGGCAUACCAUUCAGUGUCUUCAUUUUCAUGUAUGGGAGAUAUGAGUUCAAUCUAGUACUGAGUCUAUUUAUUGCUAUAACUUGGUGUCUACUAGUCAGUUUUAGUCGCCUCUACCUUGGCAUGCACAGUGUCUUGGAUGUAAUUGCUGGAGUGUCAUUGGCAGCAUUUCUAAUGUUAAUUACUGUUCCUUUUGUGGACUCCAUUGACAGGUUUAUCCUCUCUUCUAAAAUAUCUAUACCUGUAGUUAUGUCUACAUGCAUACUUUUAAGCUGGAUAUAUCCUUCUAUGAAACGAUGGAGCACCACUCGUGGAGAUACUAUUCUUAUACUAGGAGUUUUUUCUGGGAUAUACAGUGGCCUUUGGAUGACUGGCCAGUUAUCAAAUGUAAAUCCUACACCUGAAGCCUUGCCAUUAACUUUGGCCCUACCCACCCUCAGUGGUGUUGGUAUUGCAUUAAUACGCCAAAUUCUAGGCUCCAUCUUUAUAUUUUUAGCCCUGACUGCCAUUAAGAAGAUAAUAUUGUAUACGCUUUCUUGGAUCUUGGGAUACGAUCCUAAAGACCCUGUUACAAAACAGCAGUUUAGUAUAGAGCUACCCUAUCGAUAUCUUCCUUAUUUCAUUGGAGGGAUAGUUGCAACAUAUGUGAUGCCCCUUAUAUUUCAACAAAUUCAUUUAGAAAGGGAAGGUUUUUAUUCAGAAAUCUUUAGUUAUUCAUCUUAAUCUGUUAAAACAAAAGAGUAAAGUUCCCCUUCAAACCUUAAUCAGAAAAGUAUCAAAAAAAUUUAAGUUAAAAAAAAAAAGCAUAAGUGUAGAAGUUGCAAUAGAUUCUUGACUAAUUAGCAAUGUAUAUAAAACUUCCUAACAAUAGGGUAUACACACAGCCUGUUUGUGUCAUUAAUGUGUAUACAAGCUUUUUUUUUUUCUUGUUCACAUAUUUUGUCUAUAAAGCUUUAAUAUUUAAAAUUACUUUUAUUUUUUACUGCUUUCGGUAUCAUCAUUUUUUCUAGAUAAAAAUUUUCGUGUACAUUAAAAAAAAUGUACACAUAUAUAUAUUUUUUAACAAUGUUAUUAAACCUGUGAAAUUGGCUGCAAAUUAUUGUUCAUGCAUUUUGCUUGCUGACUUGAUUGAUAUGUUGUAAAGGAAAACAAUCAUCUGUCUUGUUUGUUCACUCCUCUUUCACAUUGUGUCAAUUAGCCAACACAUUUAUAAAUCCGCUGGUGUUGACAUUUGGAGCCAAGUCAUAAUAAUGUUAUUACGAUGAGGUAAAUCUUAAUAAUGUGCAUCCCUCAAAAUACUCAACUAUGUAAAAUAAUAUAUAUAAUAUAUAUUUAUUGUAUGUAUCACUCCAUCAAUAUCUUAAUCUUUCGUGUACUUACAUGGCCUCUAGACAAAUCAAAUAGCAGUGGACUCCUUUUGUAUUUCUUUUUUUUUUUUUUAAAGUAUAAAAUUAGUUUUUAGCAAAGUAAUUCUUUUGGCUGGUUUGUACUUCAUACAAUAAAUUCAAUGUGUUAAAGACUUUUUUUUUUUAAGUUAAAUAUUGAUACCUUUUACACACAAAUACAAAUUUUUUUUUGUUAAUGGGCACUUAGGAAAUAUUGUGUUCAUUUGUAUUGAAACUGUAACAUAUAUAUUUUAUGGAAAAAAAUCUUAAGAGCAAGAUUGCAAUUUUUAUGUGCAUAGCUUGUUCUGAACCAUAGUUUUAUGUUUUGUUGCUCUUAUGUUAUUCUUAUUUUUUUUUAAACAAAUAGUAGGUAAAAAUAUUUAAUGAGAAGAUUAGUGCUGAUAACAUAUACCUGUUAAAUAUAUAACAUAUACUCUUUACAAAUCAAUAAGUGUUAAAUAUUUCCUAUCUACUGAUACUUAAGUUUAUUUAUAAUGAUCACAUUGUUGGUGGCUGUUUCUUUUUUUUUUUUUUAAUUUGCCCUGAUCCUAAAUGUUUCUUUAACAUUAGGAUUUAAUGCUAAGGCUAUCUGUUCCUAAAACAGAUACUUUUACGUUAUCAUUCUCUGUAAUGAAAAGCUAUCAUCAAUGAUUGAGAGUGAUACAUGUGUUAAACGUUCAUAACUUUAAGUGAUGAAACUCUUGUACUGGUGUUUUUUUGUUGUUUUUUUUUUACUUCUAUUGCCUUCUUUAAAGUUAUCCUGUGUGGUGGGCUGUUGGGGCACCACUGAUGAUGCUUAUUAUAAUGGUGAGUCUUAGUGGCACCCAUCAUUAUCCAAGCUGUGUGUUAAAAAGCUGAUACCUUCACUGGUGGCAUUAUAUCUUACUUCAUGUUGAAAUGGUAGCAAACUAAUAGCACAAGCUACAACCAGCUGUAGCUGUGGUCAUGGUCUAUUGUUUCACUUUUGUCAUAGGCCAUUAACUCAUGCCUUCCAGUUGCUUGCUAUGUUUUCCAACUUUUUCCACUCCUAUAUGAGUGAUUCUGAAGUUGUCACAGUUAGCAAAAAUUAAGAAUGAACUUUAUGGUUUUUAGAUUACUUUUAAUUUUAAUUAUCUCAAAUGUGUUAAUUCUUUCUGUCUGAAAUUAUUUUCCACAUUCCGCUGGAGGUUGGGGCUAGGAUGUAAUAAUCAUUAAUUCUGAAGGAACACGUAAAACAAUUUUGGUAAACAAAAGUGAGAGGGUUUCAAAUGUUUUUUGGACAAAGAGCUUCUUUGCCAUAAUAAAAGAACCACAUCUAGUUGUUUGCAUGAAAAUGCUUUUUGAAAGGUAAAUCAGUGAGACAUUACAAUGUACAAAAACAUUACAUGUUUGUCUCUUGUUUUUCUCACAGCCUAGUCAAAGAAUUGUGGAUAUUUCCUGGCAGUGGAAAGGUAGUUUUGCUUUCAUUGCAGUAUUAUUUACUGUUUUUAUUUUCCGUCCACUUAUGGAAAGUUUGGUUUGUUUCUUUGUCAUUUUUAAUAUAUUUUUUUUUUACAUUUUAGUCUGGCUUUAUAGAAGGGGGGGGUUAAUUUUUUAUUUUUCUGAAAUGUUUUGUCACAGUUUCAGCACAACAAAGACUAAAACAAAUUGAUAAUGAAUCUUUUUUUUUUCUUUUAAAAUUUAGUUCUUGACACCCCAAAAAAAAAUGUUUUCUUAAGGUUAUAUCUCAGUUGGCAUACUAACAAAAUCUUUUUUUUUUAAUCACCCAUAUUUCUUUCUUUGUAUUUACGAAACUGCUUGACUUGUAUUUAUACCCUGCUUUAACACUUUUAAAAAAGUAGGAAAAGCAAGUUUUACUUGCUAUAAUAAAUACAAUAUUAAACCUUUUAAAUAAAGGGUGAAAUUCUCUUUUUCUUUUUCCGUUUCAAUAACAACAAACAAAACAUGUCCAUGUGCAGAUGUGAAUGAAAAUGUAAAGUUUAUAGAACAGUGUUUUCGAAUCUUUGAAAUAGAUUUCAAAUUACUUUUUGUUUUAUUCCAUCAAUAUACAAACAAAAUUGAUUUAACUCUACCCUUGCUAACAGGGUUAACCACCAUACUUUUUUUUUUAGUACUUUACCCCUGGCCUAUAAUAAUAUACACUUAAACAAUUGACUGAGAACCGCUUAUGUAAAACUUGCUUCCUUCUUUUUUUUUUUAGUUGACCCAGAAAUGUAAUUGAAAAAAAAAAAUCUACACAUUUUAAAAAUAAUAUUAGCAUUUAUUUUCCUGGGCUCAAAGAACGAUUGAAUGUGAGAUCAAAUGCCUGAAUUCAGCACCCAGUGCUGAUUAUUCAUCUCCAGUCAAGCAUGGAAAUGAGUUAACUACAUUGAUUUCCUGGAGUCAUGUCACUGCUAGUCAGUCAACGAUUAAAAAAAAAAAGUGCCCCUCUUCAAACACCAGAGAGGAAAAAAAGUCUAUGUGAUACACUGGAGCUGCUGGUUGGGUAAAUCAGAACUUGGGUUUCCUAUUACUUGAAACAGGAUACAACAAGCCAUUUUCCCUUAUCCUUGUUAUCCUUUAUAAGGCCCAUCAGGCUGUUACUAUGUUAUUAUGCCAGUUAUGGUAUGUAGCACAAAAUGUUUGUUUGGGACAAUCCUAAGCAAAAAAAACCUGUACACAUUUAGCAUGUCAAAAGAAAAAUAUGACAUAUUUUUAUCCCCCCCCCCCCCCCCCCCCCC